AUGCCUGCACCGAAAGACGUCGGUCAACCUCGAGCCUUCUUGGGAAUAGUUAACCUCUAUGGAAUGUUCGUCAAUGGUCUGCACAACCUACGCGCCCCGGUGGACGCACUCACCAAAAAGGAUGCCAUCUAUUCGUGGACUCCAAAUCAUCGACUGUAUCCGAACUGGAAGCUGGCCAAGAGUGGACCUCAAUUCACCACUCUGGCACUACUACAACCGACGAGAAAUCUCAACUACUGA